AUGGAUCAAGCCUAUACUAAUUACUCAAUGCAAAGAUGUGUAAUAUACACAUAUGGAUUAAUAAUUAUAUUAAUUUAUUACACACACUGCUCUGACAAACCAGAUGAUAAACUAGAUGAUAACGCAGAUGAUAACAACUUUGACACAGUUGUAAGAGAAUUGGAAAGUCUAAUUGAAGAUCAUGAAACUUCUGGCGAUACUGUAGUUUCUGAUAAUAUUUUGCUACAUGGACUUGGACAGAUUACUAGUCAUGGAUACAUAGAACAGCCUACUGAUGAUCAUACUCCUCCAGAGUAUCAAAGUCCAGAUGAAUCUCCAGCUACUCAAUAUCAACCUACUCCACAGGAUGGAAAAUAUUAUUUAAUAGAACAUGAUCCUGGUAAAGAUGGAAAAUACAGAUUAGUUCCAAUUACUCAUCUGGAAUAUAUACCAGCUCAUCCAGAACCACAGCCUAAGAAUACUGAACCAGAAUAUCCUGGACCUUAUCAACAGUAUGGACCAGGAUAUCAACCAAUACAACCUACACCUCAGUAUCAACAGUAUAUACCUCAAUAUCAAUCACAGUAUUCAGGAUAUCAACCUCAACCAUAUUACCCUGAACCACAUCAAUAUCAACAACCACAACCAAUGCCACAUAUACAACCUACACAAUCAUAUGUACCAGAACCAGCUGAACCACAGCCUAAUCCUGUGGAGAAACUAGAAUCUGAAUCAGAAUCUCCAGAAGAAGAUAAUUUUGAGGUAACAGAAACAACUGUAGAAACUAAUGAAUCUGGAGUUCAAGGUAUAUUUGAAAAAGACUAUGAACCAGUUGUUAGUCAACCAGAAUCAUUACUAACUGAAGAUGAAACUACUGAAACGACUAAGCUUAAUGAACCAAAACACCCACAUCAUAGUUAUAAACAUAAUAGACCAACUCCACGUCAUGGUAAAAUAACUGAAACUAUAGUUAAACCAGAACCAGAACCAGAACCAGAACCAGAACCAGAACAGGAACUAGAACCUAUGAAACCUCUGAAACCAGGAUAUAAACAAGCUGAUACUAUUAGGGAAAAACCUGAACACAGUAAAAUAUGUAAACAAAUUACUUUUAUUAAGAAAGAUGAAAUGGGAAAUUUUGUUGAAAUGAAUAAUUAUGAUUUUGACAUAGAUUACGACGUAAAGGCUACGAUUAAAUAUUCAUUCAAAACUAAUCUAGAAAUAGUCUAUUGUGACGGUGAGAUAGUUUAUACUCAUAUUGGAACGGAAUAUGCUGUAUCAUUAAAAUACAGUAAAUUUAUAGGAACUUUCAUUAUUCAAUUAACAACAGAUUUUCUUUUAAUCAGAUAUUUACAUGACAGAUGGUUAGUAAAAACUAAAAAAAUUCCAGACUUUAUAAAAAUACUCAAAGAAGAUGAUCAAGGGAAUUACAUUGAACUGACUCCAAAACAAUACAAUAUUGAUAUAACUUCAACUGGAUCAUUUAAAUAUGAUGUUGAUUCAUUAAAUUGUACCAGAGUUGAAUAUUAUAAUGAACUAGUCUGGGAUAAAAGGAUUAAGAGAGGUCAUCCUAUGGCAAUAUGCUAUGGUCCUAAAAUAACAUUUAUGAUUUAUUUCAAAGGAUAUGUUUGUUUUUAUGAAAGAAGAAAUGGAAAAUUUUAUUUAAGACACGUUAGAAAUAAUAGAACAAAGGGAUACCCAAGAUAA